AUGUCCGACAACGGUGAAGUCGAGGUCGAGAACCCCUCGGGUUACUACCCAGCCCUCCCCAAGGAUGUCCAAACCGACUCCGUCAAGUUGUUCGGAAAAUGGAGCUACGACGAUGUUGAAAUCAGAGAUAUCUCUUUGACCGACUACAUCCAGAUCCGUUCUCCCGUCUACCUCCCUCACUCCGCUGGCCGAUAUGCUGCUAAGCGUUUCCGCAAGGCACAAUGCCCCAUCAUUGAGAGAUUGACCAACUCUAUCAUGAUGAACGGUCGCAACAACGGAAAGAAGAUCUUGGCUGUCCGCAUUGUUGCCCACACUUUCGAGAUCAUUCACAUCAUGACCGACCAGAACCCUCUCCAGGUUGCUGUCGACGCCAUUGUCAAUUGCGGUCCUCGUGAAGACUCCACCCGUAUCGGUUCCCAGGGUACCGUCCGCCGACAGGCCGUCGAUGUGUCCCCCCUCCGCCGUGUCAACCAGGCCAUCGCUCUCCUUACCAUCGGUGCUCGUGAGGCCGCUUUCCGCAACGUCAAGUCUAUUGCCGAAGUUUUGGCUGAAGAGCUUAUCAACGCUGCCAAGGGUAGCUCCAACUCUUACGCCAUCAAGAAGAAGGACGAGCUCGAGCGUGUUGCCAAGAGCAAUCGGUAA